UUUAUGUUGCCUUAAUGUAUGUAUGUAUGCAACUACAUAAUUAAAUACAUUUUAUAUACAAAUGUUGCUAAAUACGCACGCAAAAUACAUAUUCACCUAAGUACACAUGGACGCGAAUAUUUCUGCAAUACACAGUUAUCAUCACUUUCAUUAUCUUUAUCUUUACUUUAGUUGUUAUCGCACUUGUUAUAGAAGCUCUGAGCCCAUUGUUGUUGUUGUGUCAGCUGAUAACGAAGGCGCAAGUGACUGUGAGUAUAAAGUUUAAACGUUUUUUUUUGCCAGAUAUUAAUGCUGCGCAUACACAUAGAAGGUAAGCGUGCUUGUUGUUUUUAUAACAAUUUAAUUUUCAUUAUUGUAGUUGUGCUAUUAUUAUCUCUUCUUUUUUUUAGUGUAUGAAAUUUUCAUAUACAUACAUAUGUAUGUACGAGUAACGCUUAUUAAAUGGUACUUUUUUGAUCAAUUCAUUUAGCCAUUCGCCUGUUGAUUGCUGGUAGGCUAUUGAGAAAUUUAGUCGUCGAAGAGUUGUUUCGCUAAACGAUUCGUUGGUAAAUUGUUUCAGCUUCCGCCGAGUCGCGAGUGUGAUUAUUGUGGCUACGCAUAUUUACGUAGAACGUGUCAAAUGAGAUUACCUUCGUGCAUGUAGUAGACACAAAAAAAAGAACAAAUAUCCAUGGUAGUAGAUAGAGAUAGUGACGUAUUGCGGCAAUAAUUAUUUCUUUCAUCUUACACUCGGUUCUUCGGUGUCAUACCUGCCCGCCUUCAACCAAUUGAGUUGAGUUAAUUGUCGCAAACCAGUUGGAAGUGGCUAAUUAAUUGUCAUCAUUAAGAGCAGUGAAGUGAAGCGAAACGAAGUGUCGUUUUUGUUAUGUGUAGUGAACCACAGACUAAUUGCUUCAAAUUAAAUAUACUCACAGGUCAAUUAGUUAAAAAAGUUUCAUUAUUCAACUCUUGCAACAAACUUAUUUAGACCAUGGCUAUGAAUGGUAAUGGUUAUUCGCGUAACUCAAAUAAUACUUUGCCAUCGAAUGGUACGACGACUGUUCUUAAGUAUGAAAAAUCUUCGUGUCUUUUCUGCAACGAAUGGUUCGACUCACAAACUUUUACCGAACAUCUCAUCCAUUGCGGUCAAGUACUCGAACAGUGUCCGAACCAUUGUAACGCUUUCGUGCCACGCAUACGCAUGCGCACACAUCUGAAAGAGUGUCCGCGCGGCAAGUCACAACAACAGCUCAACAAUAGUCAAGAACGGCUCGAUCAAUUCGUGGAUAAUCGGAUGACGCAACUCGAAAAGGAUUUGAGCGCUUUGCGCUCGGUGCUAAACGAGGAGAUUGGUCAGCGAUUGCAUUUGAUUACAGAUGUGGGAAAUUUGCGCAAAUACAAUCAGGUUUUAGAAGAUUGGAAACAGGACGCCAAUGAAAAUAUGAAUGGCAUCAAAUCGCUGCUCAAUGAAGAGAUUGUGCAACGACAAUUUGAAGUAGGCGAGGCAUACAAGGACAACACAGCGAACUUCGAAAUGAUAAAGAAAGUCAAAGCCGAUAUACAAGGUGAAAUGGAUGUGCUGCAAAAGAAUAUCCAACAAUUAUCUAUCGAAGUGGCAGACCAUGUGAAUCACUUGAAUGACAACACCAUGAAGUUGGAAGAGAUGAUUUUGGAAAAUGAGAAGAAGAAUCUCGAUAAAUUCAUCGAAAUCGAAGAAUUUUUAAAUGUGCUCGACGGCGAUUUGAAGACCAAAUUUGUCGCCAACAGCGACUUGAAUGCCAAACAGGUGAAUAUGGAUGUGGAAGUGAAGAGCAUGAAAAACAUUGUUUGCGAAACGGAGGAGCGUUGCGAAAAAUUGGAGGGCAUAGUGAAACAAAUUGACACCAAGCUGCAUCAAACCGUGCAAACGCUAGCGGAUUUGGAGUAUCAUUUAGCGACACAACAACGACUCACUAACAUACAAAACUCAAGAGGUCACUUGGUCUGGCGCAUCAAAGACUACUCAAAGAAGCUGGAGGAAGCAAAGCAAUACGAAACAAUACUGCAUAGCGCCAUGUUCUCGAAUAAGCCAUAUGGCUAUGCAUUGCGCCUUGAUAUACUCCCCAAUGGAAAGGGCACUUGGAAGGGCCGCAAUUUGAUUGCAUGUCUCAAUGUCAUAGCUGGCGAAUAUGAUGCGCUGCUACCUUGGCCUUGCCGCCUGCAAGCCGACAUUAUCAUACGUGAUCAGUACGGCAGCAACGAGGAGGCACAGGACUAUGUGAAAACGAUAUUGGUACGCAAAAAGAACGAUGAGUUCAUACAAAACAAUCAAUAUUUCCACAUACCACACAAAGUCGUAAUGAGCCGCAAUUAUUUGCGUAACGAUUGCUUGUUUGUGGAGGUGCGAGUGCUAAAAUGAUGUUAGACCACAAGUGGGUUUGGUAAGAAGUACUAUGUGUGGCAAA